CUGGCAUCCUGACAGCCUAAAAUCAGGGUCCACUAUUGUCAGUGACGUGUCAGAGAGCAGGUGAACGAGUAACUUCCUACAAACUGAAAGCAACUUUAUUGUCUUUUAACUUUACACUCCUCAACUUUGCCGUUCAACUUUCAUACACUUAUUGGAAUAUAUAUAUGUUAGAGUAAUGUAUUAUAGUUAGUAUGGUUCUCAUACAUAAACGUUAAUCGAAGUUUUUGGCUCGGCUAACGCCUGGAGAUGGACCGAUACCGAUACUUCACGUUUAACCAGAAAACGGUGCUCGUCCUCGGUGUCCUGCAAGUGGCGUGUGCCGCUCUCUGCCUUGUCUGCGGCUUCAUGGACGCUGUCUUCCGGAAGGACACCCCGCUGAGCACCACCAGGACUCCGGUGUGGGGCGGGAUGGUCAUGGCUUGUCCCGGUGUUUUGGCUCUUUUUGCAUCUCAAAGAAAAAACCCCAUACUGGUGAGCGUGAUGGUGGCGGUGGCGUUGCUGUCUUGCGUGGGUGCCGUCUUUGUGUUGGGCUACGCUUGUCUAACGCUCACCUACGGAGAGGAGGACAAGGGGGUCUUCCACCACCAUGACAGUCCCGAAGUGACGUUCGUGCUGCAUCGCAUGGUGAAGGGCGCCAACGCUACUAUACUGCUGAGCUGUGUCGUCAGCCUGCUUGUGUCUUCUCUGAUCGCUUACGUGGGCUGCUGUAGUCUCCCCCGCUGUGGAUGCUACGACGCCAGAACCGGACUUGAGACGCUGGUUCCACAGUGCGACCCUGGAGAUGCUGAGAUGGUGUGCACCUGGCAAGCCGCAGGGGACGACAGGCUCUUCAAUACUCCAGAUUGCGGCACCAUGGAGGAGGAUGACGAAGGUUCCUCCUCCUCCUCCAAGCUGCCGUCAUACAGCAGACUAGACUGAGAUUUUUGAAAUUAUGUAGAAUUGUGUUUUUAUCAAUAAAUUCUGACUGAAAUGUUUACAGUUAAUGAAA